CUUCUUAAAAGAAUAGAACUAAGAAAUAUCAAGAUUUAAAGCAUAAAUACCUUGGAACACUCAGAAGAGCAACAUGGGAGAAACUGAGAAAAGAAUUGAAACUCAUAGAAUAAGAUGUCUUUCCAAGUUGAAGAUGUUUCUGUUGGCAAUAACAUGUGCGUAUGUAUCCAAAACACUAUCCGGAUCUUAUAUGAAUUCCAUGCUCACACAAAUAGAGAGACAAUUCAACAUCCCAACAUCUCUAGUUGGAUUUAUUAAUGGAAGCUUUGAGAUUGGAAAUCUUUUGUUGAUUAUAUUUGUGAGUUAUUUUGGAACUAAACUGCAUAGACCUAUAAUGAUUGGUGUUGGAUGUGUGGUUAUGGGCCUUGGGUGUUUCUUACAAUCACUACCUCAUUUCCUCAUGGACCGAUAUGAAUAUGAAUCUACAGUUGCAGUUUCUGGUAAUUUGUCCUCAAACAGUUUCUUGUGUAUGGAAAACGGAACCCAGAUUUUCAAACCGACAGAAGAUCCAUCAGAAUGUGUGAAGGAAGUUAAAUCAUUAAUGUGGGUGUAUGUACUAGUUGGAAAUAUUAUACGUGGAAUUGGUGAAACUCCCAUCAUGCCUUUGGGUAUUUCCUACAUAGAGGAUUUUGCCAAAUCUGAAAACUCUCCUUUAUAUAUUGGGUUUAUAGAAACAGGAGCUAUCAUUGGUCCUUUGAUUGGACUUUCGUUAGCGUCAUUCUGUGCAAAUGUUUAUGUUGACACUGGAUCGGUGAACACAGAUGAUCUGACCAUAACUCCCAUUGAUACUCGUUGGGUUGGUGCAUGGUGGUUUGGCUUUUUGGUUUGUGCAGGAGUGAAUGUGCUUACUGCCAUUCCUUUUUUCGUUUUGCCCAAAACACUUCCAAAGGAAGGACUAGAGGAUAUUGCUGAGACCGUUAAAAAUGACAAAGAAGAGAAACAAAGCGAAGUCAGGAAGAAAAGGGUUGGAAUCAUUAAAGAUUUUUUACCAUUCAUGAAAAGUCUUUUGUGCAACCCAGUUUACAUGCUUUUCAUACUAAUAAGUGUGCUGCAAUUCAAUGCAUUUGUCAAUAUGAUCUCCUUCAUGCCUAAAUAUUUGGAACAGCACUAUGGAAAAUCAGCUUCAGAUGCAAUCUUUCUCAUUGGUAUUUAUAACUUACCUCCAAUAUGCAUUGGAUAUAUAGUUGGUGGUUUAAUUAUGAAGAAGUUCAAGAUUACUGUCAUACAAGCUGCCCACAUAGGAUGUUGGUUAUCUUUAAUUGAGUAUCUUCUCUAUUUUUUGUGUUUUCUCAUGAUCUGUGAUAAUUCUUCAGUCGCUGGCAUAACCACCUCUUAUGAAGGAGUGCAACAAGAUUUACAUGUGGAAAAUGUCAUCCUUGCUGACUGCAACAUGGAUUGUAACUGUCCAACUAAAAUAUGGGACCCUGUAUGUGGAAACGAUGGUUUGUCAUACAUGUCAGCUUGUCUUGCAGGUUGUGAGACAUCCUCUGGAACAGGAAUAAACAUGGUGUUCCAAAAUUGUAGCUGUAUUCAAACACCAGGAAAUUCAUCUGCAGUUCUUGGGCUAUGUGACAAGGGACAGGACUGUUCCAUGAUGCUCCAGUACUUUUUAAUCUUGUCGGUGGUCAGCAGUUUCAUCUAUUCUUUAUCUGCCAUCCCUGGAUAUAUGGUUCUCCUGAGGUGUAUCAAGCCUGAAGAGAAGUCUCUUGGUGUGGGAUUACAUGCAUUUUGCACAAGGGUAUUAGCUGGAAUUCCCGCACCUAUAUAUUUUGGAGCUUUAGUGGACUCCACAUGUUUACACUGGGGUACUUUGAAAUGUGGUGAGUCAGGGGCAUGUAGGAUAUAUGAUUCCACCAACUUCAG